AUGCACUUUCUCCAGUUCCUGUUCAGAGCCAACUUUGCCGCCCUGCUCCUGGUUUUCUGUCUGCAGCUGGGGAUCAACAAAGCUCAGGAAGACACCCAAAAAGCGAUAACAAUGCACAUGGAGAUGCCCCAAAAAGCAAGCCAAGGUGACGAAGUCUCUGUGAAUUUGACUGUUCAAACAGAAUUGAAAGAAUGUUUGGUGAUUCAAUCUUACCUUGUAAGCCAGCAUCCAAUUGAAGGUCCUUUUACCUAUAAAUACACGGCCUGCCUCUGUAAAGAUAAUCCAAGAACUUUCUACUGGGACUUUCAAGUCAGUGAAACUGUAGCAAUAGCAGCAGUGACCCACACUAUUGAACAAGAAGGUAUCUGCCCCCAAAAUAAGGCAGUGGUGCCCUUCGGACCGAAAUAUUUUUAUACCACUGGGAGGAUACUCGUAUACUGA